AUGUUGAAAGCUCUCCGCAAAAUGACGAACACAAUCGCCGCAGCAGCCUCCGCGCAAGCGGUGCCUCGCGUACCCAUCCCCGCCAAGGGCGUUGACUACCGCAACAAAAUCGUCCUCGCCCCAAUGGUUCGCAGCGGCGAGUUGCCAUCCCGCUUGCUAGCCCUAAAAUACGGCGCCGACCUCGUCUGGGGCCCCGAAACAAUCGACCGCGCCAUAAUCGGUGCGACGCGCAAAAUCAAUCCUCGCACCGGCCUGAUCGAAUUCACCCGCAUGCCCUCCAACGGCGGUCGUACUAACGCCGCAGACAAAGAAUCAACUAUCUACCGCAUCGACCCCACGCGGGAGAAAGGAAAGCUCAUCUACCAAAUUGGAACCGCGAACCCAGAGCUGGCGGUGCAAGCUGCGCGCAUGGUGGCAGCAGAUGUGGACGGAAUCGAUGUGAACUCCGGCUGCCCCAAGCCCUUCUCCACAUCUGGUGGAAUGGGCGCUGCUCUCCUUCGGACACCAGACCUCCUGGUCUCUAUCCUUGAGUCACUGGUCAAAGAGGUGGGCGAGCCCUUCCAGAUCGGUAUUUCAGUGAAGAUCCGCAUCCUCGCCCAGCCCGAAGACACCGAAGCUCUCGUCACCCGUCUCGUCAAGACAGGAAUCACAGGACUGACGGUUCAUUGCCGCACGACCCCGAUGCGUCCCCGCGAGCGCGCAAUUCGCGAACAGUUGCCCAUGGUAGCUCGAAUUUGCCACGAGGCCGGUGUUGCAUGCCUCAUGAACGGAGAUGUGUCAUCGCGGGACCAUGGACUUGCAUUGAUGUCCGAGUUUGGAGUCGACGGAGCAAUGAUCGCUACUUCAGCAGAGGCAAACUCGUCUUGCUUCCGCUCCGAGGCGGAAGGUGGUAUCGCGCCUUGGAGAGACGUCGUUUACGACUACAUGGUCUUUUGUCUGGACUCCGAGAACCGACUCGGUAACACCAAGUACCUCCUCAACAUGCUGAUCCCAGGCAAGGCCAAGGAAUUCAACAAGGCCAAGGUGGCCAAAUCAUAUCUCGAUAUCUGCCGUAUGUUGCUGUUCGAGGAUCUCCUCCCUCGGGCGGCGGCUGUCGAUGUGAUCCUGGGCCUCCAAGACAAGUGGACGAGCCCUCUUGACGAGAAGGCGAACGGCCAGUCCGAAUCUCAGGCGGAAUCAAAAUCGGAGUCCAAGUCCGAAGCUGUCAAGAGCGCCAUGGCAUCUGAGUCUGCGCUUGCUGCUGGAGGUGGUGCGGCUCGGGUGAAGACACCGUCUCCUGCUGUUCACGGCGGAGGUCCUAUUCGUCGCACUUCAGCUCCUAAGCCUAAGCCUGCCGAUUCUGGUGCUGAUCAAGAGUCACCAGCUGGUGACUCUGUCCCAGAGACCCAGCCUACGGCUCAACCCCAGGCCCAACCCCAGGCUGCCUAA